CUAUUGUUCCCAACCCACUCCUGCCUAAUAUGGAAUCUCAAGGAAACCAAUGAUUUCCUGACACUGACGAUGCGUUACCGCGCAGGGGCGAAUGUAAAAAGCUGUUUGGAGUAUCGGGGGAAUAAAACGUGGCCAGAUACGCGGUUCCGUCGUUGGACUAGAGAAACAACGGCAUGCAAGUCGUAGGAGUUAUCGCAAGUUCGAAUACAACUGCUGUCAAUGGCGUCGGAUUGUUUGGGGAGCGAGAGCUAACGCGCGGGUCACCUUACUGGACGGAUUUGAUCGGGCACUGAUCGACUCACGAGUCACGUCAAGUCGAGUGUUUCACGUACGGUUACGGUUUACAGUAUCGGGAUAUGUUCUGAUUUUGUGAGUGGUUUGGGGAAUUUAGUAUAAAGACUUCAGGACAACUAUCAUGCCUACUCUCGGCUCGAAAAGUAGGCAGAAUGCUGUGGAAAUGGUUGAGGAUGGAAGCGAGCGGUGUGAUCCUCUCGAUAUCGCGGCCAUAAAGAUGUUGAAAUGUGUCGUGGUCGGCGACGGAGCGGUCGGGAAAACCUGUUUGCUGAUGAGUUACGCAAACGAUGCAUUUCCGGAGGAAUAUGUGCCGACUGUAUUCGAUCACUAUGUGGUAAAUGUAAUAGUAUCUGGGAAGCAGCACUUGCUGGGAUUGUACGAUACUGCUGGACAGGAGGAUUACAACCAGCUGCGGCCCCUCUCCUACCCCAACACUGACGUCUUUCUCAUCUGCUUCUCCGUCGUGAAUCCGGCUUCCUAUCACAAUGUGCAGGAGGAAUGGGUACCCGAGCUCAAAUCCUGCAUGCCUCAUGUGCCUUACAUCCUCAUCGGAACACAGAUUGACUUGCGUGAUGACCCAAAGACACUGGCCCGCCUGCUUCAUAUGAAGGAGAAGCCUUUGAGCUAUGAGCAGGGCCUCAAGCUGUCAAGAGAGAUUGGAGCCCAGUGCUAUCUCGAGUGUUCAGCGCUGACUCAGAAAGGACUUAAGACAGUGUUUGAUGAGGCCAUCUUGACUAUCUUCAGCCCCAAGAAAAAGAAAAGAUGUUGUGCACACUGCAGGAACUGCUGCGCUAUCGUGUGAGGAUAGACAUCUCCGACUGUGAACACCCACGCCUCCUUCUGAGCUUCAUCUACACCACAGACCCCAGCCUCCGAACCACCUCCAGCCUGGUGCACAUCCUUCCUUUCUCCAUCAGCUCGUCCCUCAAGACAGUGAGCGGUCGUACCCUCAGUACGUGUGUCUAAUAGGGAGCUACUCUGACAAUUGUUGAAGUGCCUUAAUCCACGUACCAUACGCACACUCCUCCUCAAUUGCCAUGCAGGGACCUGUUCACAAACCAAAGAAUUUUACUAGUAAUUGACGUGCGGCACCAUCUUCAUUCUCAAAUCAAAAAAUAGCCAGAUUCUUCUCCGGGCCAUUGUUUUUUUUUAACACAGUACAUUAUACGGUUUCUCAAGGCUUAUGAAAAAAUAAAAAUCCAUUCCUCCGUAAAGGCGGGUUCUCUCAGUCACCUCAGAUCAAUACUAUGCUCUUUCUGCAGUCGAUGCUUCAGCAGUUUGAGCCAGUUAAUAAGGGAAAUUCCCUGGAGGCUUGCCAGUUCAUCAAUAGAAAGAGAGAGAGAGAGAGAGAGAGAGAGAUGUUAAAGAGACCAGACAGUAAGAGAGAGAGAGAGAAAGAGAGACAAGUGUGUCUUUAACACAAUUCAUUAGUCUUCUGGGUCAAAAUUAACAUCAGCACGUAAUAAUUCAGAUAGACAACAACAUAACUACACAUUCAAAAACAAAACUAUGUAUACUGUGCCAUAUGAAUCGUUAUAUUUCAAAGGCAUUUUUUUGAUAAUGAAAACUUGACAAGUUUUCUGUCACAUGUAUUUUUAUGAAACCAGUUUUAGUGGGACAUGAAGGGCUGAUCCAAUAAAUAAUAACUAUGAUAUCGACGGUGUCCUUCCAAAACCUCGGAUGUCCACAUUCAUUUUUCAGUUAAUGGAAAAAACAACCUACUUUUUAAAUGAUUAAAUACAGUUUUGACAAGCAAACAUGUUAUUGGUUAGAUAUUUGCGAAACGCAGUGCCAAACAGAAAGGUUGACUAAUAAUAAAGAUUGGAGAUACACGUAUCUGUAGGACAGCAGCGAUUUGUUACUUGCUAGUUGGUUUCAGGAAAGGAGAUGUCUACCUUUGCAUUUGAUUGGACACAAAAAAUGCUAUAAAGCAUUAGAGAUGCAUUAGUGUACAGAUGUCAAAGCUAACACAACAUCCAUUGUAUGUGGUUUUAAGUGUCCUUAGUCACGUAUUUGCAAGCAAUUAGACCAGUUUCUCUGUUGAUCACAGGUGUUAAAAUAAUCGAUAACUGUGCCAUACAACAGCGCUGUAAUUUUAAUAUUUAUCACAAGCAUUUAAAUUUUGAUUAGAGGGGCUGCAUUUCAUCCUGAUGUCUUCCGAAAUGCAUCUGCCUACACACAUUUCAAAAAAAUGUUGUCAUUUACAACUUUCAAGAAUGAGUCAGCCCCGCUGACCAAAAACAAGUGUGUUGUUCACUGUUUCAGCUGAAGCAGUCAUGGGUUUACGAUGCAUCAGCCCUAUACAGUGUGUAUCUGUUCUGUUUUGCCUCUGGCCGAAGCAACACCCCCGUGUUUUCCCCUUUAAAGAGCAGCUCAGACACAAAUGGCUUUGUUCUGCAGGGUUGAAGGCCUGCUGCGGUCUCGAGUGUAGAAUCCAGCAAUGAUCAUCCACUCUUGUAAGUCGUUUUUGUACGUGUCUUUUCAUGCAUGUGGCCUAAAUGUGUGGUCUUGUUUUCAAAAUGUUCACUGGUUCCCUACUGUAUUUUGGUAUACAGUGCGUUGAACGGUAUGGACGUUAUAGGAACCCUUAGGGGAUGUUUCCACCUAGGCAUUUACACCUGCGGGCGACGUGUUUUUUCAAUUGUUUUCAUUGGAAACGCUGUGCUCAUUGCUGGUGCUAUGCUUUUUUUCAACGAUCAGCGUGGGCAUUUGACCGGGCGCCCAUAGUAGAAAAUGCUCAACUUUGGGCAGAACGCUGCGCCCCCAGCGGCCGUCUUUAGCCGGGCUCCUGCCGUCUUCAGCCGCGUAAAUGCGCCUCGGUGGACACAUCCCCUUACUGUUUUGUUUUGGACUUUGUGACUGAACCAUGUAAAAAAUAUCUCACUGUACUUUCCCAGGUUGUUUUGAGCAGCCACAUGUGAAAAUCUAAGGACCUUUAAGGUAAUAACAAUCAGCCAAAGAACUUUGAACGAAUUUUGCAGGUCUCCACAUUAUCACUUUUACCAAUGUCCAAUGAGAUGGCGUCAGCCAUGGACACCAGACCUGGUACCGAUUUCUAAUGAUUGCUCUUCAGGUUAGUUCUUUAGUUAGACCUCAGGGACUUCAUUUCGGAGCCCACAAGAUGCUAGUGACCUUCCUCGGGAUGAAGAAUUACACCUGCUCUAUAGAGGAACGAUGAGCCUUCGUUCACUUGCCUUUGAUGUAGCAUAGAGUUUGUUUUCCUCACUCUGUUUUUUAAAGUGCACUUAUGACACUGUGCCUUGCAUUGUCCUUUGCAAUUGUUUAUAUACGGUCUCCCAAAAUAGAUGAUCAGUCUUUGGAUACUGGUCGCCAGAACUUGAAGUGUAUGUCAUAUUUUUUAGUAUGCUUUUCUUUAGAUUUCAUGUAUCCGUUUAUAUGCUACAAAAAUGUGACAGCCUUUGCCAAAACUAAAAAUGAUUUGUAAAUAUAUAAACAUGUAUGGAGUGAGUAAAGCUUGUGAUCAAAUUUAAAUGUGGUUUCUUUGAAUAUUAAUUUGUGUACAGGUGUAAAAACAUACCAGAUGCACUUGAUGAAUGUAUUUUAUAUAGGAUGCAUUUCAGUUCUUAUGGGGGUUGGUAGUGCAAAGCUAACCUGUUAGUUGCUUAUUGUAAACUGUAUCAUCUGAAAGGUUGCGUCUAUAGAUGGGGAACAUGCAAGAUAUGAGUGUACGCAGCCUACGCAAAAUCCAAUGCAAAAUCAAUACACUAAGAUCAUUUUAAAGUCUGAAAAUAGUUUUUCAACUGUGCAUACUGGCACAAGUCCUACAACUUUACACCCAAUAACACAUGUUAAACAGUUAAAGGACACAGCACAGAAAUAUUGUAUCUUCUAAUAAUUUUUUAUAUGCCUAAUAAUAGCAUCUAUAUUAUCAAUCACGCAUGUUCUCAUUUACUCAUGGUGUUAUUUGUUGUGAUGAAAUCUAAUAAAAUAACAAUCCUUAGG